AUGGCCAAUGAGGGCAUGUACUGGCUUCUCUAUGGAUUUGCACUUAACAAUGUGACAUUUCUGGAAGCCGAUGGCACUGUGUUCUUGCCAACUUCAUUGAGGUUAUGGCAAGCAAAGUUUGAUUACCAGGACCUAACCUGGGCAAAGAUAAUGAGCGAACAGAAUCUCAACGCCUCAAUCAUCGAAAUCGCUAGACAUAAAUUGGACAAAUUGUACAAAUUCAACGAAAACUAUCCUACAAAUAAUAUUACCAAGUCUAUGGAGAUAAUAUAUCUUCUCUCCGGGGACAUUGAGUUCACAUGUGUGACGCAGAAGUUUGCCGAUCGCAUUGCAAAGAUGCCCGGUACCGACGUCUACAGUUACGUUUUUGUUCAUAAGACGAAAAAUAAUGGUUUCCCCAACUGGACAGGCGCUAUGCACGGCUACGAAAUCGACUACGUCUUCGGAAUGCCAUUUUCCGAGAAGUGGCAGAAUGUAUUUUAUAAUUACACAUAUGACGAGUUCGUGCUGAGACUAUUUGUAAUGAAACAGUGGGCGAAUUUCACUCGAGUCGGAGAUCCGAGCAAACAUGAAUAUAUAGAGCCAAUGAGCCCCCGCUGGCCGAAAUAUGAUGUGAACUCGCGAAAAUUAAUGGAAAUCGGUACGACAUUUAAAGUCAAGGAGCAUCAUCGCACGGAGUUCUGCAGGUUCUGGAAUGAAGACCUGCCUAACUUUGUCCGAAACAAAAUGAGGGAAGAACGCAGAGAGCCUAAAGACCUCUGUCCGAGCCUAGAGCCUUACUUCAAUGAACACAGCAAACUGUAUAAAUUUAUCAGUGUGCUUAGGAACGGUACUACUACUGAGUCUCCAUUGACAACUACUACGUCUGGCUGA